UCUCUGCUCUGGUCUCAACCUGGCCCCUGCUCUUGGGUUUGACUCUGUGGCAGUGUUCUGUAAGAAUGUCACCUUAUUUAGGGUUAAGAACCGACUGGGCGUUGCUACCACGGUCCCUUAAUGGGCGUCUACCAGGGACGACUACCGUGCCAAGAACUAAAGGGACACGGGGAGUAGGAACAGUGCGGUCCUUAGGUCCACGGGGCGGCAGGCUUUAGGGAACCUUGCCUGCUUUGUUUCCAGACUUUAAGAAACAAUACAUAACGAACAUAUGGAAAAGUGCACAGACCCUGAGUCCCGCCAAACCGCUUUUCACAGGCUUGCUUGUGUAACCUGCAUCCAGAACAAUCCCAAACGCACCGCUGGCCAAGUGAAGCAGAGAACAGUCACUCGACCAAGUUUGUACCUUGAUGGCUGUUCCAUGGCUCUGUCCCCUCCUGCCACUCCCCCGAUGCCUGCUCUCCCAGGGUUAGUUUGGAGGCCUGCACUAUGGCUUCAUCGUCCUCUGUCCCAGCCUCUCCUGCACAGUCCAAGAAGCCUCGAGACAAGAUAGCUGACUGGCUCAGGCAGACUCUGUUGAAGAAGCCCAAGAAGAUGCCGGUCUCCCAGGAAAGCCACCCCAGUGAUGGCUCACAGACAGCCACACAGGACGGUCUCCCACCCCCAAGCCGCAGCUCACCCCCUAGCUGCAGCUCACACCCGAGCCGCAGCUCAGGAUUGUCUCCUACCCUGCAACCAACACACAUGGACCCCAGCAGCAGCAGUGGCCGCUGGAGCAAAGACUAUGAUGUCUGCGUAUGCCACAGUGAGGAGGACCUGGAGGCCGCCCAGGCGCUGGUCUCCUACUUGGAGAGUAGUAGCAAGGCCAGCCUGCGCUGCUUCCUGCAGCUUCGGGAUGCAACUCCAGGGGGCGCCAUUGUUUCUGAGCUAUGCCAGGCACUGAGUAGUAGUCACUGCCACGUGCUACUCAUCACCCCAGGCUUCCUUCGGGACCCCUGGUGCAAGUACCAGAUGCUGCAGGCCCUGACGGAGGCCCCGGGGGCGGAGGGUUGCACCAUCCCCCUGCUAUCCGGCCUGACCAGAGCCGCCUACCCGCCGGAACUUCGAUUCAUGUACUAUGUGGACGGCAGAGGCCAGGAUGGUGGCUUUUACCAAGUCAAGGAGGCUGUCAUACGCUAUCUGGAAACCCUAAGUUGACACUGAAGUUGUCAGGAGAAAAGCCAGAAAUAGCUCACACCAGGUGCUGGAUUCCAGUAGCUAUGGCUGGAGGCUUCAGGAGCCAGAGCCAGCUGCACUCUGCACAGGACACGGGAUCAGAUUGCCGCCAGCUUCCAUUACUGUGGGCUCCAAAAGAAGGCCAGGCAGAAGAUGGGGACCUCCCCCAAGGAGACCAGGAGGAAGAUGGGGACUCCCCAAGAAGGGCAGGAGAAAGCCAGGGACUCCCCCAGGAAGGCAACAAGGAAGUCAUUGAGUUGUCAAGAGAUUGUGAUAUCAGGAGAGUCAGCAAUAUCUUGUCUGCUGCUUCACUGGACAGGAAGCUGACACAUAGCUGUCUUCUUCCCCCCAGAAACAGGCACUGGGGUAAAUAGGUACCAUUCUUCAAGAGGGAUGAGCCUGAUUGAUGAGCUAGAAGUCAAUGCUCUUCCCAGUUGCCUAGGGAAGCCGGGAAGAGGUGGUGGGUAUCAGGUCCUUCCCACACACUCACACUACUUGUAGCUCCUUCCCAGAGACGUCAGCCCACUUCACAAAGCCGGAAGAGAGGCACAUCCAGCCCCACACUGGGUUUCACUAACUGACAAAUGUCAUUUGAAAUGCAAACCCAGCCGGGCAGUGGUUCUACCCUAGCAGGGUGCAGGGCUCAGCUUCUUCACCUGGACCCUGUGACACAUAGGACCUCCUCAGACGUCUGCUAGAAGAGCCCAUGCUUCAUAGCACCUGUCUCUGUUGAACGGGCAGGAACCAGUGUGUACUCCCAGGGAGAAGCAAGGUGUCACCUGUCUAUGUUGAACGGGCAGGAACCAGUGAACCAGUGGGGAAGAAGGUGUCACCUGUAUUCUCAGUAAGAACAGAAACGUGGUCAGCUGCCAUUGUCUUCCCUGGUCCUUGCACCAUGUCCCCUUACUGAAAACAAAUUAUUUUUAAAUUAUGAUUUUUUUUGGUUACAUACAAAAUACUCUAAAGGAUACGAUACCAUACUCAUGCACCUACCACCUUGAUAUAUAUAAAAUACAAUAAGAAAACCAUAUUCCUAA